AUGAAAACUUCCGCAAUGAGUAAACGUAAGUUAAAGGAGAUCAGUGGAAUAAAUGGAGAAUGCAUUUCACAGGCACAAAAAAUUUUACGUGAAAGAUUCUGUCACCAUGAUGCUACUGGAAAACUGUUUGGGAUUGAACAUCAGUACAGACAUCUGCUGGAACUGCUGAAACGGACUAUGAUCCACGGAGAAAGUAAUUCGGCCCUUAUUAUUGGACCCCGAGGAUCAGGAAAGACUGCGUUAUUAAAUCAUGUCUUAAAAGAGCUCGAGAAAAUGAAACAAGUUAGAGAGAACCUCUUGGAAGUUCAUCUGAAUGGGCUCCUGCAGACUAAUGAUAAGGUGGCCCUGAAGGAGAUCACCAGACAGUUGAACCUGGAAAACGUGGUUGGAGAUAAAGUUUUCGGCAGUUUUGCUGAAAAUCUUGCGUUCCUUCUUGAAGCUUUAAAGAAAGGAGAUCGAACCAGCAGUUGUCCAGUCUUGUUUGUCCUGGAUGAAUUUGACUUGUUUGUUCAUCACAAGAACCAGACGCUGCUCUACAACCUCUUCGAUAUAUCCCAGUCAGCACAGACUCCCGUGACAGUUAUUGGACUUACGUGUAGACAG